AUGCAGCUGCUCGGCUCGGCGGGGUCCCUGCUCCUGCUGCUGGCUUGGACCGUCGGAGCCGCGUCCCAGCCGGAGGACGAGAGGAUGAGGAUGAUCCGCAACCAGGAUCUGGGCGCCAUGCAGAAAGAUCUCCUCCUCAAGUUACUUUCCGGACUGAUGGAUCAUCCGCCGGAGGCCGACGCAGAAGCUUCCGAUCCGGUGGAACCCAACGCCAUCCCGCAUUCUCCCUCCAUGAAGUUCCCGCAUCUCCCGCCGCGCGAGCGCAAAGCUCCGUGCAAGAAUUUUUUCUGGAAAACCUUCACCGUUUGCUAGUAACGACCCAACCCCCUCCUCCUCCCCCCCC